UCGUUCAUUCCCGUCCCUCAGUUGUUCCUUCCAGUCCCACCAUGGCCUCCUCCACCAGUCUUCCCUCCAACUGCAGCAGUUCCUCAGGCAUCUUCUCUUUCUCUCCGGCCAACAUGGUGUCUGCAGUCAAACAGAAGAGCGCUUUUGCUCCCGUUGUGCGGCCCCAGGUCUCGCCACCCCCCACCUGCACCAGUGCCAAUGGAAACGGCCUCCAAGUAGAUCAAUCUUUUGUGGACUCUAGCAAGUACUCCACCGCCAACUCCCUGCAGGGACUGGCCUUCUCCUGAAGUAUGUUACACCUGUCUCACACUCUUUCUUCAUCAUCCUCUCUUUCUAUCCAUUAAGCCAUCCAUCAGCAUGACUGUCAGAUCAUCCUCUCCCUUCAUCCUCCCUCGUUCUCCUCACUUCUGCUCAGUCAGUGGGGGCCUGCUGUGCGUCUCCAAGAGCAUGUCAUAUGUGUUUCAUUUCCUGCCUGACUUCCUGCUUCCUGUGUCAAGUCCUCCUCAGAGUU